GACCUGAGAAUAUUGAAUAUUAUUCAGACAAAGAGAUAAAUUGUAAGGAUGCAUCUUCAAGUCUGCGUGUCGGGCUCGCUCGUGACCUUGACUACAUUCCGACGAUCGUCUAAACACACCCAACCACAUAGACGAAGAUGGGUCGUCAUGUCUUUCAGCGAUUGUUCCGACCUCAAUAUAAGCCGCCCAACAAUGCCAAUUCUCGCCACUUCCACAAUGAGAGCCCUUCCAAAAUAAGACCCGGUUGUACUGGUGGGGAGUUCACGACAAGCAUGGGUGCCUGCGCAUCUUGUGGUCGCAUCGUCAAGCCUGAUGCCAUUGCUGCUGCCUCUCCCGAACAAUGGGUAGACUUCACCAGGCAACGUCACAAGGGAACCGCAGCAGGCGACCUUCACCCGCAUGAAGACGAACGCGAAGUGAGACAAGAUUGGACUGGCAACAGUCUCAGGCAAGACUCUUCACAUGCCAGAGCAUGUCUACAAGAGAUCGACGGUCGAUUCCAUCCCUUCAUGAUUUUACCAGAGACAUGGAUCAACAAGCGCGAUCCACCGAAGUGCAUCUUCUCAGACGACGAACUCCUCGACUCGCUCCGCCACCGCGGUCGCUAUCGUGAUUGCGGACCCGCAGCAAAGUCUCGCACGACAGACGGUUGCGGCCGACAGACAGAUACCAACGGGGAGAUACGAGGUCAGACUACUGACGAAGGCAACGAGUCUGGCCAAUCCGAAGAAACCUUGUGCGAUGAAAAUGAGAACGACCCGAGCGCGUUGAUCCGGCGCAAACUUGCAUCUUCCGAUGAGCGUCAAACCUGAUCUGCCCAACCAUUCGAAUUGUCAGCGACUUAUACACCAUUUACGAGAGGGGAUUUGCGAAACAUAGAGCCGAACAAUGCCAUUCUUGGGAUAUUGAUGAUGAAAAUUGCUACAUUAGAGAUCGGUCAGUUAUUGGGAAGAAG